AUGUUGGAGGCGGAUGCGGUGGUUGUGAUGACGACGCUUAUGGAAGCAUUGACAAUUUGUCAUUGGAGAGGAGUUGCUCAUCGGGACAUGAAAUUGGACAACGUGCUGUUUGAUGGUGAGGGGCGGCUUAGGUUGGAGGACUUUGGAUUGAUAGAUUUCUUCAAGGAUGAGCUCGACAGGUUUGAGAUUAUUUGCGAUGAUAUGGAGGGGAAAUCACUUCGCAGAUACGUCAAAUCCAAUUUAUCCGAUAUGGAUUGGCUUCGCCAUGAUCUUAAAAGUUCUAUUGAUUUGAUCAAUGUCGCCAUCAGUGCCACACAUCCUUCCAGCACGAUGCCCUUUCGUCUGAGCAAGAGAAUGAUGAACGCAGAGAGCAGGUGA